AUGGAUCCCGCUUCAGCAAUGGCGCAAUCACCUAGCAAGAAGCGCAAGGCAGAAGGAGCGAACCCGAUGUCCAAGAGCGGCUCUGAUAUGGCGCAGCGCAGCGAUCCAUCCUUGACAGCUCCUACAGGCGACCGUCUCCUUCCGAAUGGGCACACAGACGUCCAGAAGACACCAGCAAAGCGCCUGAAGACCACCCAUGCGAAGCGCAAUGUAACUCCAAGUCUUGCCGCGGGCAACCCAAGUCGCGCUGUGGUCUCUGGUAGUGUAUCAGCUACUGGCGCAGUGCAUGUCGCAAUGAAGGAUACACCUACACAAAGCUCGAUGACACCGUCGACAGAGUUGAGGGCCGCGAAGACCAAGGUUCACAACAGCGCUAUGUCAGAUGCUAAAGACGAUUACAUCGUGGAGACGGAAGACGAUACUGCUUCAGAGGAAGAGCCUUCUGCUUUCGAGGAAGAGCCUUAUGCUUCAGAAGAGGAGGAUGGUGAAGAGGAAGGAGACGACGCCACGGUGGUCUCAGAACAACUGCGCGCUAAAGCGACCGGUAAGAGCCUAUCUCAUCUUGGCCAUGGGCAUUUCCAGCUGACAAACACAGUCUUCAAUCCAUCACCUCGCCCAGCGAUUACACCGUGGGACUACGGUUUCCCAGCGCCGACACCCCCCUAUCACGACCACCCCAGAUGUCCAAUCGAUUGGAGUAAAGUGGUCAUCGAUUCCAAAGUUCCCAACAGAUGUCAAAAGGCCUACGAACUACGUGCACCAUGGCAACAGCAGCCAGUCGCUUGGGACAAGAUGGCAGAACUGGGAAAUGUCAGUGCAGAGGGCGUACGUAAGCGCUUCGCGUCAGCCAAUAAGGCAGUCUUUGAGCUCACGGGAGUUUACUUCGCCACGAGCCCCCUUGGGCUCGCCGAGCAUGACAUCCCCUUGUACGCAGAGCUGAAGCACUUCCUUCCAGAUACAAGCGAAGCGCCUGCGGUUCUGAGCAAAGAACCUACCACCAACCCAUUGUGGUACGACGGCGAGGCUGUUCAGCUCGUGGUAUUUCCGCCUGGACAAGAUGGUGGCGUCAAUCGCUUCGUAACGCAAGAGGUCAUGGACCGGCUGCCGAUCAACGACCAACACUUUCUUGAGUACUCUCUCGAUAAUUUCGAUCGGUGGUACACUUCGAUUUUUCUAGGUCGUCGUCAUACAUUCCCGAGACGCACAUACCGCCUGGAACCAUACGAUGACACAAGCUUCAUUCACCGCGAUAACGGCACACCGUCCAUCGCAAUGAGCGAUUUGUUCGAGACAUACCGGCUCUCCCAAGAGAUGAGGACUACGGAAGUCAGCGAUAUGAUUCUUGACGAAAUUGUCCAGUCUUUCACGCGAGAACUCGAGCUGAUCAACGAGCAUGAAGUGGGGAAAGUUACCAUGCAGGAGUGCGACAAGAUCAUCCAGUCCAUGAGUUUUGAACUUGGCGACCUCAGCCUACUUUGGGAGCAAACCAAGGACGAUGAUAAAAUCCGUAGGGUAGUGCUCGAGUCAUUGUUUGAGAAAGUCGCUAUCUUACAAGACGAUGUGGAAGAGCAAAAGCGUCAUCUGAACAGGGAUUUCGUGAGAGACUGGCAGUUCUACAUCAUUCGUCCAAUGGUUCACAACAGGCAUGGGAAAUCUCCAAAAUUCUGCGCCCAGUACCACAAUCAUGGCGUCCCUACAUCGGAGUGUUUCCGCAUCAAACCUGAGUCCUCUAAGCUCAUCCCCGAGAGGGCUGACGAAGCCAGGAUGAUCAAAGUCCGCUUCGGUACUGUGGAUCUGGAGAUCGAGGAUCGCGCUAGCUAUGCCGGGGUCACCUUCCGCUUUGAGCGUCUAGUAGAGGACAAAUCGGAGUGGGACUGGCUGCGCAUACGCUCCAUCGCCACGUUCGUUGAAGGCCCUCUAGUUCCUGAUGCUCGCCGUACGAAGUGGCACCUGGAGCCGAUCUACUAUGAGUUGGAUAACAUCGAUGCCCAUGGCCGAUACCCUUGCCAUCCAGGUUAUCAGAACCAGGAUUGGACACAUCCGGUUGGAGAGCCAGAUGUCUACGACGAGCCAUGGGGGAAGGUCAUCAGGCGCGAAGUCCCCCCGGGUGCGACCAAGUACCGCGAGACUAAGGUACCCGCUGGCAAGGACGAGCAUGGGAAGAUUUUUUUCAAGGUGACAGAAGUCUUCUUUGAGAUUGAAGACCCGUGUUGGUACCCUCCUGAUGACUGGAAUGCGGACAUGGACCCUUGCGACUUUUGGCCCCAGGAGCUCAGGGAGUAUCGGAGGUGGCUCUGGGUUGAAGAAGGAGGGACGAUCCCACGGAUUGAAGUUCAGCGGUUUCGACCUCAUGAAGACGACACUCCUCGUUGGCAAGAGCCUUUUGUGGAUCGGAUGAACAAGCUGAGCGUUUUGGACAUCUUUAGUUGA